AUGGCGGAGGACGAUGAAUUAAGUACACGAUAUGCCUUCCUGUUGCAACCCAUAAGAGAUUUGCAGAAAAACUGGGAUAUCGAUAUUAGUCAUCUAUUAGAAGAAUUUGUUGAAAGGAUACGAGAACUAAGCGAUCAAUCAAGACUGGACGAUGAGGAAAUCGGUGAAGAGAACAAAUUUAAUUUUGCGGAAGCAGCAAUACUUAUUCAAGGUUCAACAAUUGUAUAUGGUAAGAAGGUUGAGUAUGUUCACGGACUUGCACGGGAUUUCUACGAACAACUUCGUGAUAAGAAGACUUCCCGGAAAAGAAAUUCAGAUAAUAUGGAACACGUUGAAGACGACGUUGAUGAAUUUAUCCAGGAACCGGAUGACCCUUGUGAGCUUAUACAAUUCACAAAUCUUCGAGCUGUUGAUUGGAAGACACUUAUGCUGAAAAGUGAGGCAAAACCGCCACCCUUACUUGCACAGAUACCGAUUUCAUUGAUGCCCCUUGCUGAUUUUGAGAAAACCAACGUACCGCUGUACUCAUCCCGAAACCUUAAAGAAUUAAUCGGAAAAAAAGAUGAUUUCAUUAUCAACACUGGUUUCAUCCAUAAGAGCGGCGCUCUCCUACUCGAUUUAGCCAAUGCAAAGCUCUUGAAUGAUUUUGUGGUGCGGGAGCAAUGUCAAGGUAAUUCUGGCUACGCUGAUGUACCGAUGGAACAAGAUGAUGGACAGUUGGGUAACGAGCAUAUUCGCAGCUCUCCUAGUGAAGUGGAAGAAGUCCGACGCAUGACAUCUGCAACCAACCUGAAUACGAUAACACGCCGUAAUACGAGUCACGUAGAGCUUUUUAGUGAUGUUGAUGUUGUUACAAACAUGAUGAGGGAUGGCGUUAGCAGGAAUUGUGUACGGGAAGAAAACGGUGAAACUGGUGAUUUUGGAUUUGAUGGGGCGGUAUUUGACGAUGCUGAGGACGACAAGGAUGGCGGUUAUCAUCCGGCUGAUGAAGAAGUAUUCGAUGAGACAGAUGAAGAUGAACCUGUAAUGGAUUUGUUUCGAUUACAGAAAUGCAAGCAUGCGCCGUAUCGGGCCUGCAAACCUUCUUUUGUACCAGAACAAAUCGAAAAACGCCGAUUAAAAAGGAAAGAAAAAUUGGGGUUGAAAACUUUUUCCACUCUUAAUGAUUUCCUUCAACGACAUAUUUAUCAUUCGUUACCAAAAGGAACUGUACAUGUCCUGGAUGAUGACUUCUCAAUUAUUUUCGGAAAGCUUAUUCGAAAUCUAGAAAGGCAUCGAAUGAAUGCAAUUAAAGAGCGCGCUUUGCAGCAUAUCAGAUUAUAUCAGCAGUCAGGUAAUGUUCAAUCAGAUGAAGGUGAAACAGAAGUUGAUGAAUAUGGAGAUGUUAACAAUGGUUAUUCUGAUGACGAAAUCGAGAAUGCUCCCGAUAUUACAAAUGAUGAUGGUAAUCUGACUUUUGCUAAUAUGCCCAACGAUGCCUUGGAAGAUAGAGUUCAUAUUUCUUCGAUGUAUAUGAAUUUUGACGAUCCGGAUCUUCUUUUGAAACCUGCAGAACAGAUGACAUAUCAAGAUUUGCUGAAGGUUCAUUUGCAAAAAUAUUGGUCAUCAGCGGAAGAAACUACAUCGAAAUUAUGCAAACGCGUUCAACAAUGGGAGGAGAAAGUUCAGCCAUUAUUGGAAGAAGAAGAAACACGUCGAGAAUUUAACAUACAUCAGUAUGGUACCGAACUUUUGGAACAAUAUGAAGACAUCGGACAGACGAAGACUUUCGCUGAGUUAAUGGAAAAUGUAAGUACACGAUAUGAUAUCAGCCGUUACUGUUUGGCAUCAUUAAUGCUUGCAAAUACUGGAAAUAUCGGGGUAGAUUUUGGCUGUGAAAUUGAACACACAAAAGAUGGAAGAGGUUUAGCGCUAAAAUUGCUCAAGAAGGAGCGUCAUCAUCAACAAUUUUCAGAGUCUCAUACGCUCUCCACUUAA